AUUGCAAAAAAUAAAUAUACCUGUAUUACCUAUAAUAUGGAACCUGUUAACUGUUCUAAACUACAAUUUAGGGUGUAUAAAUGUGCUUUGACUUCAUAUCUUGAGCUUUUCCUUUACUAUUAUUGUAAAUAUUGCCGAAAUAAAUUCUAACAAUUUUAUAUGGGCUUCAAUUGUGGGUAGUGGUGGAUUUUCAACAUUUGAAUAACCUUUUUCUAGAUUGAUAAAUCCUAUGUAUGUAUUCCUGUGCAUGUUAAGCCUUUUUACUGCCAACAUUUUUAAAACUGGGAUAGCUCCCUGGUCCCCAUUCCUUGCCUGAAUUGAAUGUGGUCUUCUUCAGGCAUCAUUUCAAUUUUUAUAAUGUUCAAGAGAAUUUUUGAAGCUUAGUAUGGAGACUGAUGGUUCUAUAGUUGUGGCAUUUGUUUGGGUUUACUUUUAUUGGUAUGAGUAAAUUUCUGCUUUGUGUGAAAUCUUUAUGCACUUUGCCUUCUUGGUAAGCUUUUUCUAUUAUUUUAUAUAAGAAAUAUCUUCAUUUACGUAGGUAUGUAAUGCUUUAUCAUUGAAUUCAAAAGUAACACAACUUUGAUUUUUAAGUUACCUACCCAAAGACAAAGUACACUCAGUAGUCAGACUCUACUAGUAUACCUACUUAACACUACCAUGCACCAAAGUUUGAUCUCGGAUUAUUUUUUUUUCAUGCAUCCAUUGUUAAUAUAUUAAUGCUUUCAAUCGAAACAAAUAUAAGAUUGCACGUUGGCACAUCUAAUACAUACAUAACACACACAUUUUAAAUACACUAUCUAAUGUCUAUAAUGAAAAACAAAAUUAUCAUUAUUAAAUAUUUUAUCUAGUUUUAUUGAUAAUAUAUAGUGCACAUCAUACAACUGGGAAGUGAAAUGAUGAACAUUCUAUAACAGUUACACUUAUCCCUUUAGUAGUUUAGUACCUAGGUACUUUACAUAUACAAGUAAGUCAACUCUAAUCAAAAAUAUUGUAAUUUUAAGAAGACAAAAAAAUGAUUGGUUAUCCGUUGAGAAUAUUACCUGUGGCAAUCUUCGUAAUAUUUUUACUGUCCAAAGGAUUGUGCCGAAAAGCUCAUAAAAAGACCAUAAUUUUAGAAAAUGAAGAAGAUGUCAUUGUUUUUACUAAAAACGGUAGCAGUUUAAGAGUAAAAUGUCAUUAUUCUGGUGACUUUGAUAUCGUCGAUGUUAAAUGGAAAAAAAUUAAAGACAAUGAACAUGUUGAGGUGUCACCAAAUGAAAUUUUGACCACAUCACAGUGGUUGGAUUUGGAAAAUGUAAGCCUCGACGACGAAGGACAAUAUUCUUGCACGAUAAUAAGCUCCGAGGAGAAUUCCCAAAAGAGUGGUUUUAUUUUGAAAACGACAACUCAUAGUAGCAAACCGUGGGUGGAAAAAAUACCGAACUUUCAGAAAGAUUUCAAGGAGGACGUAUCGGUAUUAGUAAACAGAACACUACAUCUGAACUGUCCAUUCACGAGUAUGAGUGAUACGACGUUUUAUUGGUAUAAAAAUAAUAACGACUUACUCAUUACAAGAGAAGCAAAAAUUGAAGGUGUUGGUGCUAUUGAUAAUGAGUACAGUUUAAAGCCAGUAAGAAUGUCGGAUGCUGGAAUUUAUAAGUGCGUGGUGGAAAACGAAUACGGUUCAAUCGAAUUCCAAUUUGCCGUAGCUGUUUACGAGGAUGAAAUCAAAAGUAGACUUAAUUUCGAAUAUCCUCGAGAUUUGUCGUUACGAUCUGGGAACAGAGCAUUCAUAUUUUGCCAGGCUUUUGAUUACGGCGACAAAGAAAUCGACUGGUACUUUUUGAAUAGUACAAACCCAGUGGACGUAGACAUGGAAACUAUGGAUCUUUCACAAUUUAAAAAGAUGGUCAAUAACAACGACGUGGUAAUGUUAGAUGGCAAGUUGGUAAUCGAACCCGUUACAAUCCAAGAUGCUGGAUGGUAUAUAUGUAUUAAAAAAGGAUUUGAAAGAAUUUUAAUGGCCGAAGCCAAAUUGAACGUGAAUGAUACAAUUUCAAUGAAAGUGAAUUCAGAGGUUCUAAAUCAAGACGAAAAUGUCUCUGACGACAAACAUUUCUUAUUAAGUCUUCUACCAAUGUUAUCCAAACUUCCGAUGGAUAAGAAACUCAUAGCUCGGAUAGCUAUUGAAACUUCGUUGCAGAACAUAGCUUUCCCAGAUCUGAGAACAGUGGAAAAUUAUCACACCGAACCAAUUAAUACUACACAACAAUUUAAAAAUCUUACUGAGAGUUUGUAGGUUAUAAUAUAUGGCUCCAUUGCAAAUUGCUGCGCCGAGGACCAACCUACGAACCAGUCAAAUUAUGGAAUAAUGUCUACUUAGAUGUCAUAAACUCAUAUAACAGAUGUAUAACCUAACCUAACCUAAUCUACACACACACAUUUUUACUAUAAAAGUGCGGUAAUGUGGAACUCAGUUACACCAAAUUUAUUAUUGUAUGAAAUAUUGUGUUAAGAAAAUGCUUAAAAAUAUAGGCAAUUCGUAUUCAUAAAAAAUGUACCUAUAGUUAUUUUAUUGUGAUGAUUGAUUUUCUCAUAUUAUCUCUAAUGAGUACAACGGUAAGUACAUGAUUUAUGUGUAGGAUUUUUUUUUUCUAUUAGUUUUUAUAAAUAAUUAUAACUCAACAAUUACAUUCUAAGUGGAGGAGUGCUCACAAUAUUUCCGAACUCGCACCGACCUCAACAUGCCAUCUACCAUAGCAGAAGCGCUCGGCUAAAGUCAAUCAUCCAAAAUAUUAACAUUUUUAAGUACCACAAAUAUUAUUAAAAAAUUUUCACUUAUAAAACAUGUAUAAAUUAUGUAACAACUAAUUUAAAAAAAAAUACCAUGUAAUAAUUUAACGUCAAGCUAAUAACCUAAGUUGUUGAAGCCUUUUCUCUUAAAUAAAAAUAAAAAAAAUUACAUUCUACGUGUAGGCUUAAUACAGCCAUUAAAGAUGUAGUAAAACUAUACUCUAUAUAAUACAUUUAUACGAACAGUCGCUA